AUGUCACAUCGAGUAGAAAUCAAUUUGAAUACUGCUUCUGAUCGUACUGAGCAAGCUCGCGCUGACGUCGUCGAAGCUCACAAGUUGCAAAAACGUGCUCAAGCUCUGAAGGUGAUUAUCCUUGUUGGCACUAUUCUCAUUCUCCUGUUUCUUCUUUACGCUCUCUUGGAAUACGAUAUGUGCCAGUUUUUGUCAUUCUGCUGA